AUGGCGGCGUUUCCACCUCUGGCGCAGAUUGUUGGCAAACAUGGAGGGAUAUAUGAGGCCUACUAUAUGCAGGCUGAUCCCUUAGGCACAGGUAGCAUUGGGGCCCUGGAUGCGGCUAAUUUCCUGAAAAGAUCCAAGCUCAGUGACACCAUUUUGUCCCAGGUCUGGGACAUGUCGGACCCAAUGGGGAAAGGGUAUCUGGAAAAAGCUGGGUUCUUUGUGGCCCUCAAGUUGAUUGCCUUGGCACAGAGCAAGCAGGAAAUGAGUGUUGCCAAACUGACAGUGGAAACCCCUCCUCCAGAUCUGGGUCCAGUGGAAGCCGUGGAGCCAACGGUUCCUAGUGCUCAUGUUGCUUACUUGCCAUGGGAUAUCUCUCUGUCCGAGAAAUCAAAAUACGACAAAGUGUUUGACAGCCUACAGCCUGUAAAUAAUAUGCUUGCUGGAGAUAAGGUUAAACCUGUACUGAUGAAUUCCAAGUUGCCGGUGGAUGUUCUGGGUCGAAUCUGGGACAUGAGUGACAUAGACAAGGAUGGCUAUCUGGACAGGGAUGAAUUUGCUGUGGCCAUGCACCUAGUGUACCAGGCUCGUGAAGGUCAAGAAAUCCCCGGCAUUCUCCGGCCCGGCUUGGUGCCUCCGUCUAAACGAAAAGGAGCUGGACUUGGAGGUGUAGUUCCUCCAAUGCCAGGAGCUGUCCCUGUCUUACCAAUGAUAAUCCCAGCAUCUCUGCCGAGUGUAGGAGCCUUAGGCAGGGCUACUCCCACUGCAGGAUUCACAGUGCCUCAAGUGUCCUGGGUCGUCACCCCAGCAGAUAAAGCCAAUUCUGACAUGAUCUUCAACAAGCUGGACACAGAUCGUGAUGGACUGGUCAGUGGUGUUGAAAUCAGAGAUGUUAUGGCACAGAGUGGAUUACCAACCACGGUUCUAGCUCACAUUUGGGGCCUGUGUGACAGUCAGUCACUAGGAAAACUCACAGCAGAACAGUUUGCACUAGCCAUGUAUCUCAUUCAGCAGAAGCUGAAAGGUAUAGACCCUCCUUUACAGCUGACUCCAGACAUGAUACCUCCGUCUUUAAGAUCUAUAGCAGAUCCCGGGGCAUUUGGUGUCCAGGAUGGAACUAACGCUGGACCCUACAGCCAUGUGGCAGAUUUCUCAGCUAUCAGGGAGUUGGAUCAUAUUAGUAAAGAAAUUGAAGAUAUAAAAAAGGAAAAGCUUCUUCUUGAGAGAGAUAAAGCUCAGCACGAGGCAGACAUCAAGAUCAGGCAGAGCGAGGUUUUGGUCUUACAGAAAGAGCUGGACUCUCUCACUGGAACUUUGGCUCAGCUGGAUUCACAGAAGAAGGAGGCACAGAAAAGGCUGGAUGAACUCGACGAUAGGCGUUCCAACUUAGAGAGAAAUGUUCAUGACCUCAGGGAAAAAGCAGACAGGGAACAAAUGGAGGUGAACAAAAUGAAAUCUUUGCUGAGUAAUAGAGAGCAGUUGAUCAAGGAUCAAGAAAAUGACCUAGCCAAAUUAAGAAUUGAGUUGACAAGGUUGAGAGAUGAGGAGUCAAAACUGGAGCAGACGGCAGAAUCCAGUAAACAGCAGUUAGAAAUUUUGGCAAGAUCACAGGGAGAGAUUAGCAAUGAAAUUGUGUUGAUACGAAAGCACAUCCAGCAACUUCACAGCCAGUACAAGAGCUUGGACCCCGGCUUUACAGGUCUAUCGGGGGUUAACGGGGAUGUCUCCAAGAGUGUGAACAAUAUCAGCAGUAAAGCUCCAUUUCACAGUUCAUCCAGCACAGUUGGCAGCAUCAGUGUGGCUUCUACAGUAACUGACUUUGUGGAGGAUCCCUUUAAAGGUCGAGACUCGUUCAGCAGAGGUGGUGGUGCCUUGCCAGCCUCAAGCUCUGAUCCCUUUCAGAGUGAUGAUCCAUUCAGGGACAGUGACCCUUUCAAGUCUUCUGAUCCAUUUGGCGCUGAGGAUCCAUUCAAAGAUGCCUUUGGUGGAAGUUCUGCUGUAGUUAAGAAUCAAGAUACUUUUAGCUUUAGCAAUGACCCCUUUAUUGGUAAUACACCAGCUUCAAAAGAGAAACCAAGCGGUGGUUUUGAUGCCUUUGGGUUGGACUGGGAUUCCAGCAGUGCUACCAACAAGUCUAGUCAUGCUCCUUCCAGCUCAGGUAUCGAUCCCUUCAUCUCAUCAGCCAAAGCCAGCGCCGCGGCUAAAAACAAGAAAGCUCCACCACCUCGACCUGCUCCACCCAAAUCAAAAAGUCCUCUUCCAUUUGGAUCCACGGCAGCUUCACCAAAACUCAAGGUCAAGCCUUUGAGUGCAUUUGAUGCUGAUCCGUUUGGAGCAAGUGACCCGUUUAGUAGCCCAGUAACCAAAAAUAAUACAGGAAAUAGUUCAUCAGAUGCUUUUGCAAAUUUUGCCGACUUCAGUCCAGGAAAG